GCUGUGACACCGCAGACUGGCAUCACCAGGGCCUCUGCCACCCCACCAGGGUUGGGGGCCCUUCACUGGGGCCCCGCAGGUCACUGGGGAACCUCUUCACCAGCCUGUGCUGGAGACAGGGACGGUGCCAUGGGGCUCCUCAACAUCUUCACCCUGGGUGAGCUGGUGGCAGUCACGAUGGUGGUGCUGCAGCUCAUCCUGGUCACUGUCAUGCUACGGGACAAGCGUCUAUGGAGGAUCCAUCAGAACUCAACGCAUGCAAGCGCAGUGAGAGGCCGGCUGGAAGGGCAGAGCAAUGUGGACAGGGCACAGAGAUCAGCAGAGAUGGAGCUGCCCCAUGGCAGCUCCCCACGCGGUUCCAUGAGCUCCAGGAGGCGUUUCCCAAGGUUCAUCCGGAGCUGCCAGGACUCCCAGGCGCUCUUUGAGGAGCACCGCAAGGAGCUGGAGGCACAGGUGCCCCAGUGGCUGAGGAUGCAGAGGGGCUGCAGGGCGGCCCAGCCUGAGGUGCCCGUGGAGCCGAGGCUGCUGGGGGGCAAAGAGUCACCGCAGGGCCCCAGAGAGAAGCGGCCCGAGGCGGGCAGGGACAGCGCGGCCAAAAAGGACAAAGCCAAGGCCAAGAGACGAGGCAGCGGCAGCGCCCUGGAGCCAGAGCACGGCAGCAGCUGCACGGCCAUGGCCUGGUUCAUCCCCAGGGACGUGCAGAUCGCCGAGGCCGUGGGCACGGAGGGCAGCAGCAGCAGCAGCAGCAGCUCGCUGGGGCUGGCGUUCAGCAUCCAGAGCGCGGACCCGUGGUGGGGCCCGGCGCUGCCCCCCGCCCCACGGCCGCUGCCGCUGCCCGCGGGCCGGGGCCGGGAGCUGGGCCGGGAGCUGGGCCGGGCCCUGGGCAAGCUCCAGGCCCGGCUCGGGGGGUGCCUGGCAGCCUGGUGCAGCCACCGUCUCCCUCCGUGCUGCUGCCGCCGCCGCUGAGCCCCCGCUGCCCCCGCGGCGCGGAGCCGCAGGAACGGAAUGCGGCCGUGCCCGUGUUUGUGGCUGUGUCCGUGCCCAUGCCCUUGCCCCUGUCCGUGCCCGUGCCCGUGCCCGUGCCCGUCCGGAGCAGCCACGGCUGGCCCAGCCACUGCCACAUGCCCAGCCCUGCCCAGCCCGGCGGGCACCCCGGCCUGGAAGGGAGCUCAGGCAGGACCUGACUCUCCCAAACCCACGCUCUCCAGGCCUGGUCCCUGGGCACCUCAGACUUUUCCUCAUUCUUCGUCUCAAUGUUUCCUCGCAGCAAUGAAAAAAAAAAACAAACAAAAAAAAAAUACCCCAACCAAACCAAACCUAAGGUGGUAUUUGUAAAAGUUUUAGUGUCUUUCACAGCAGCAGCCACAUUAAGUUCUAGCCGGGCUUUGGUCCCUCUCGUUUUCCCCCUGCAGGACUUCAGGACAUCCUUGUCACCUCCUGCUUUGCUGCCCCUUCUUCCAAAGGCCAUCCCUCUCCAUUCCUGCUGCCUCCCUCCUUGCUUCCCUGAGAAUCCCAAACUCCUCCUUUGGUGCUCCCUGUGCCCAGGAGAGCCUCCCCCCAUCACAUCACUUCUUCUUCUUUUCUCUCUUCUUGUUUGCAUUUUGCCUUUCAAUGUUUUUUGUAAUUUGUUUCUAUUCUCUCACGAGUUUCUCACAGCCCUGUGCCCAAGGCUGCCGGGGCUCUCCCCUGGGCUCCUGGGUGUCACAAAGGGAUUCCUGACUGCCCCACGCUGUCACAAAGAGGGUUCUGGCUGCCCCACGAUGUCACACAGGGGGACUCUGCCAGACUGCCAGGCUAUAAAAGGGGCCCCACAGGAGCAGACAGUGCUGGGCACAACAGUCUGGCAGUGUCUUGGCAGACAACAGCCUCAGCUUCUGCCACCCCACCAGGGUUGGAUUUCCAUCACUGGGACUCCGCAGGUCACUGGGGAACCUCUUCACCAGCCUGUGCUGGUGACCUGGAGCUCCAGGGAUGGCACCAUGGGGUGCCCCAAGACCUUCAGCCAAGGUUCCUCCAAACCUCCCAAGCCCUCAGCAAGAAGCAUGGCAAGGAGCUGGAGGCACAGGUGCCCCAGUGGCCGAGGAUGCAGAGGGGCUGCAGGGCGGCCCAGCCUGAGGUGCCCGUGGAGCCGGGGCUGCUGGGGGGCAAAGAGUGGCCACAGGGCCCCAGAGAGAAGCGGCCCAAGGCGGGCACGGACAGCGCGGCCAAAAAGGACAAAGCCAAGGCCAAGAGACGAGGCAGCAGCAUGUUCCUGGAGCUGGGACAAGGCAGCAACCCCUCGGCCAUGGCCUGGUUCCCCCACCCUGCAGAAGGGCAGACCUUUGGCCCCAAGGCACCAAGGAACAUCAGCUCGCUGGGGCUGGGCAGGACCGUCGCCGCUCCUCGGGGCAGGGGAUCCCCGUCACUGCCCAGGCCCCGGCAGCAGGUGCCCGAGGAGAGUGGCAGGGGGCCAGGGUGUGGCCUCCUGGAGCUCUGCUCCUCCCUGAGGGACUUCGUGGUGGGCUGGUGGACACGACGCAUCCAGCGCCGCCGCAGCCGCCACGUCCACUUCGCCAGCCCCCUGGUGACAGUGAGGUACAUUGACUAGAGGGGCUGCGGACAUCGCCCUCCAAGAGCCUUGGAACUCAUUUCUCAUUAAUAAAUUAUCCAAACCCAUGA